CUCAGAGUGACCAAGCAUCUUCGCCAAUCCUACUGCUGCACGAAUGUGAAUAUGUAGAAAGGCGAGCUACUGAAUAUGCAGACUGCUGAGAUGUGCUUCGAAAGUUGAGAAAGGGCUCCCCACCGCGUAGUUGUUUCCAUUUUUUUGGUUCUCUUUGCAGAUGAACCGCGAAGGAAGUCAAUGUUUCCAAUGCAACUUGAAUGUUCCACUUUGGCUCAAGCGGCUCUCAAUUGCAAAACAGUUCACCGUCGUGGGUUUGGCAUUUGUGACAAACAAAACAUGCCUGAUAUCGCGAAGUCCGAUAUCUCGCCCAAUCUUGACAGGGACAAGAUGUUCAACGAGCUCUGGUGGUUGAACUAUUGCUUCUGUGAAGGUGUUGGCAUUGGUGCGGUCGGAAAUCCAUUCUUUGGCGGGGAAGCAGUGAACAUUUGCCUCCACUCAAAGUGUGAGAUGACUGACAUUGGAGAUCCCUUCUGCUCCAACAUCCGCGUUUGCUUGUGCCUCACCGACCAGUGCUCCCUUCCACCAGCUCCCGGCUCACCCAUUUGUGUUUGCUUCAACAAAAAGCUUGCAGGUGAUGAUGGUUGGAGUGGACAGCAACUCUUCGACUGGAGCACGAACUUUGGCGACACCUUCUGGCUCUACUACAUCUUCUGCAUGGGUCUGGGAUUCUCCGCUCCUCAAGCCAAUGGCCGUCCUUUCUUUGCUGUGCAGACGAAGGAGCUGUGCAUCAAGGGCGGAACCAAGUUGGCUAUGCCCAUGGAGGGUGGAAAGCUGUGCUCCGCUGUGAGCACUCGUCUUUGCUUCUGGGAUCAGUGUGCCAUGCCUCCAGCCGAGGGUGCGCCCAUGUUUGUGUGCUUCAACUUGCUGAAUCCCAAGUCGGGAGCCAAGCCCUUGGCCUAUGGAGGAUGAGACCAUGAGAAGCUGGCUCUAGCGAACCUGGAGCCAUGGUGCAACCGGUGACCGAAUUAGUCGCAGUCCCAGCCUAGCAGCACCACGAAGAUUUCAAGUGAAAUGGUGGCUGGUCUUUGAUGACAUUCAAUGGAUCUGAUUGUCAAGGAUCCAUACGUUCCUGCUGCAGUCUGUGACUGCUCCUUUUCAAGAGCAGUACAGAGAGCCGCAAAAAUGCCUCAGCUUUG